AUGCUCACUGAUUUUGAUUUGUCCCUGCGUAUCAUACCCGAUGAUGGCGAAGAUGGUGAAUGGAAGUCUCGUUCGUUUGUGGGUAUAGAGGAGUACAUCGCGCCAGAGCUCCUAUGGGGGAAACCACACUCCUACGAUGUGGACUGGUGGUCCCUGGGCUUCUUUUUGUACGAAAUGAGUCAUGGACGAAUGCCUUUUAGGGGGUCAAAUAGAAAGGACACUUUUGUGAAUAUAAUGAGCAAGGAUCCUUCCUUCUCAUCUUCAUCUCCUCUCCACGAUCUCAUUCAGAAGCUCCUUGCGAAAGAGCCAACAGAGAGGCUAAACAGAAAGCAAAUAAAAAGCCACCCAUUCUUCGACUGCAUGAGAUGGGAGCAGCUGCAGUUUGUUUCGAGGCCUCCUUUUGUGCCGCCGCUCUCCACUGAAACUGCACUCAGUUUUCACCUAGAACAAGAAGAUGAAGCGAUAGCAGACAUGGGCAUUAAAUCGGAAAGCGACAGCAGACAUGGGCAUUAA